AGGGCGGAGCGCGCCGGAGCCGUCCGCGCCGUCGAGGAGGCGCCGAGCGAGGCCGGGGCGGGCAUGGAGCUGCUGCUGCUGCUGCUGCUGGCGUGGGCCCCCCUGCUGGGGCUGUGCGUGGCCUCUGCCGAGCGACACACCGUCUUUUGGAACAGCAGCAACCCCAAGUUUCUGUGGGAUGACUAUGCCGUGGAGGUACACUUGAAUGACUACCUGGAUAUCAUCUGUCCGCAUUAUGAGGACAGCAGCGUCCCCCCGCACACCAUGGAGCGGUACAUAUUGUACCUGGUGGAGAGGGAGGAGUACGAAACGUGCAAGCCGCGGUCCAAGGACCAGAUCCGCUGGGAAUGUGACCGGCCGGAUGCCCUCCAUGGGCCGGAACGCUUCUCUGAGAAAUUCCAGCGAUUCACGCCCUUCACGUUGGGCAAAGAGUUUCGGGAGGGUCACGACUACUAUUAUAUUUCAAAGCCAAUCCAUCGACAUGGAGAAACCUGUCUCAAGUUGAGGGUGUCGGUGGCUGGAAAAAGCACUCGGAUGCCUCCCGGCCAUGCUCCCACCCAGAAGGGGAGACUCCAGUCAGAUGACCCUGACGCCCCAAUGUUGCGGAGCGUGGGCCAGAACUCUGCGCCCCGGCCCUGCAGCCCGUUCACCUUCUUCGGCCUCCUAGUUCCUCUACUCCUACGGCAUGGACUCUGACACCUGCCAUACCAGCAGAGCCAUGAGGACUGAAGGCGGUGCUCGUGUUCGCGGGUCCGCCGUGGGCUCACAACUCCUCCGCAAGAGGCUGUGGACCAGUCAGUAUUAGGGGGUUGAGCAGUGGGAUCAAAUGGACGGCAGCUGUCAACACAGCGAGGGAAGCAGCAGGGCAGAGAGUGGCGACAGACUGUGGCUGUGACCAUGGAAACGGACACUGAGCACUUUCAGAGGUUAAGGUUUGGUCAGUGUGGGCCUGGUUGAACAAACAACCAGGCGUGGACUACCUGAGGGGAUCUGGUACUAGUCUCCUCUGUAGCGAAGAACCACACUCACUGGAUGGGCCCGGUCGGACUCAGCUUCCCUUAUCCCAGGGUACACGGCGCUGAUUAUCCGGCGGGCAGAAGCAACCUGAAUUGCUACAAGUGUGCCACGGGACAUGCCACGUUGCUGGAGUUUGUGGGCUCUGGGAUCGUGCUAGGCACACCGUGACUCCAAAUCUACCAGCUCCCUGCUGUGGACUCUACAGAGCAAAUAAUUUAUAAGACAAUAAACAGGCUGGGCCUGGAUUUUGGGGGCGCCCCUCUUUUAAGCUUUCCUGAUGAACCCCUCUUCUCCCCACAUAAGAUGCAAAGGAAUUCUGUCCUUUGAUCCGCAAGAGCAAAGUGGACUCCAGCCGGUUUCAAAUGUAAGAAAGGACUAUUGGACCAAAAUAAGAAUCCUUCCCGUGAUUGGUUCCCAUAUUUUGAUAUUUUGGGGUACACUGCCUCAGCAUAUGGAGGUUCUAUUCCCCAUCAAGGCUAAUAGCCUCCUCAGUCAUUUAGUUUUGCCUCCCAUCUUCUCUGUUCCGAUCCAGUUUUGAGGCUGGGGUGUACAACUUCCUCUGUUGUCCUGCCUCAUCUCACAGGUUCUUAAAGUUCGGGAAGGUGUCAGUUGAGGAGACAAUAAAAGGUGAUGUUGCACAAGAUCACUCGACAACGUUAUGAAGUCCCGGGGAGAGUGGCUAAAUUGAUAGUGAAAAGAACAUUUUUGAGGAGAGGGGGGUAGGACCAGAGGGCAACACCUCUAUGUAAAUCUCUUUCUACCACUGGAAUUUUUAUACUGAAUAAAUAACUCCAAAACAAG